CUGAAACUGAGUAGAAAUUCAUCUACUGGAGAUAGCACUGGUUUACAAGCUGAGCUCAGCUAUUCUCUCUCUCCGGCGAAACGUUUUUGGUCCGGCGAACUAAGGGAGUGUGGAUUUAUAAUGUCUGGUAGCUUGGGGGUCGUGCAGCGAUGGGUAAAUCCACUGGUGGCGUUUCGGACGUCUAGACAUUUCAAUCCGGUGGUCUUAUCUGCAAGGGGGGUAAUUGUAAGCCGACCGAUUUACUAUAACACGAAGGUGCUGCAAUGUGUUGCAAAUACAGUCACAGACACAGUUGUCGCUACUGAUGAUAGUUAUGGGCAUAAGGAAGUUAUCAGUGUUAAUCCUAGGCUGUAUGACUACUUAUUGGCUAAUGUCAGAGAGCCAGAGAUAUUGCGCGAGCUUAGGGAGGAAACUGCUACGAUGCGUGGUAGUCAAAUGCAGGUAUCCCCUGAUCAAGCACAGCUUCUUGCAAUGCUUGUUCAGAUACUAGGAGCAGAGAGGUGUAUUGAAGUUGGUAUCUACACUGGGUACUCAUCUCUUGCUGUUGCUUUGGUUCUACCAGAAGGAGGUCAGCUGGUUGCGUGCGAGAGAGAUGCAAAAUCACUAGAAGUUGCAAGCAGAUAUUAUGAGCGUGCUGGUGUUUCAGAGAAGGUUAAAGUGAAACUUGGGCUAGCAGCUGAUACUUUAAAGACUAUGAUUCAAAAUGGCGAAGGUAGCAGCUAUGAUUUCGCUUUUGUAGAUGCUGAGAAGAAAAUGUACCAGGAUUAUUUUGAACUGCUGCUACAACUGGUUAGAGUUGGAGGUGUUAUAGUGAUCGACAAUGUUCUUUGGCAUGGAAGGGUCGCAGAUCCACUGGUAAACGACUUGAAGACUGUCAGCAUCAGAAACUUUAACAGAAACUUGAUGGAGGAUAAUCGCGUAAGCAUUAGCAUGGUUCCGAUCGGAGAUGGCAUGACAAUCUGUCGGAAAAGAUAGGUUUUGAGGACUGCCGGUGACAAUUCGUUAGGAGAUUUCAGCUGCGGCCGGCAGCAAUUAGAAGCAUAUGGAAGCUGCUUCUGUUUCGAAUUUCAAGAAUUAGAAUAUAUACAUAUAUAUAUGAUUCUUGAUUUUAAAUAGAUCAACUAUGUAAAUGCUUAGCUAAUUUGUUUGAUCAAUUGUUAGACACUUGCUUUGUUCACUUAUUGUAGUUGACUAAUUAAAAUAUUUAUAUGUCUGAUUUUGACACGCACAAAAUAAUGGGCUGGAAUUCCUCUCUCAA